GUAAAGAGAAGGAGGACAUGAGAUGAUGACAUAAAGUUUAUUGUAUUUGUUAUGUGGCGAUGGAGAAGAGUACGGUGCUGUUUAACAAUAACGUCAUUUAAUAGAGAAAUCAAACAUUACCCAGUGUAACAAAAAGAUGGUGUCCCUAAACAUGAACUAUAUCGCAGACCUGGAGGAUGAAAUUGCUCUCGAGGGGCUGGACGGCAUAACUGUAGAUGGACUGUGGGUAAGACUGAAGCAGAGAACAAACUUUGAGACGAACAUGCCCCUUGAUGACAACAGUAAAGCCUUCUUGUGGUCAAUAGCAGCCGAUGACGAUGAGAUCUCGAUAUACCAGUUGCCCUCUCCCCGGGAUGAGCUUGUGAUCUUCAAUAGGUAUGAACAUAUGGACCCUGAGCUGGGUAUAGUUCUGGAGCCAGAAAAAGAACCCAAGGAUAUUUACCCCUUCCACCCUGUUGAUGAUAAGAAGAAGGGGGUACGAGGCUCCUGCAAGACCUACAAUGAGCGGGUGGACAUCACUCAUCAGGCUGCCUCCAUGACGCUUCAGGAGGUGCUGAAAGAGUAUGGUCAAAGGCUGGUGUUGGUGGCAAGUCAGAUGCUUCGUAACAAGGCGCUGUACAUAUCUACCUGUAUUGAUAAGUUCUAUGACUUAACGCUCACUCAGUACAUCAUCGUGGAGCGCAUUGGACGCUCACGGAGGAUGGGAGAGAUCACUCAGGGCAAGGUAAGCUUGGCCUCCAUGGGUGAAAAUCCCAAGUCAAUGUUCUACCACCGUAAGCGACUGCUCAAGCUGAACCUGAUCACCAAACAGCCUCACCAGCAGAAGGGCACCAAGGGACAAACUCACAAUGGUUCUCUUCUACAUCUCACCAGGUUCUAUGUGGAGCGUCGGUCAAAGUUCAUCAUGAUGAUACAGCGAGCGGUGGAGAUCCUCAAGAGUAAACCUAACAACUGUGCCCCUUACACUAUGGUUAAAGAGGAGAUGGGGAUGCCAGAAACAUCUUGCAGAAAGUUAUUUAAGAGCACAGAAUUUCAAAGGUACAUCAAGAAUAUCACCGCCCCUUACCGCAAAAUGUACCCUGACGCUCCUCCGUCCCAGUGGCGCUGUAAGGGGAAGGAUGCGGAGAAAUUCGUACGCAUCAUGGAACUUCUCAAUCCCAUGAUCGAUCCUUUGGAGGUGUGCAAAGUGGAUGAGGUGGCUGAUGAGGAGGAGGAUGACGACUCCUACCCGGGUAUUCUGGAUCAACACCGUGUGGUGUGGGGUGUGGGUCUGUUACAGCAGGCAUACGAGGCCGUGGAGCAGGCGGGUCCAGAUGGAGUCUCUCAGUCUGACAUGGCACGGUUACUGGGACAGACUAAACUCGACUCUCGUACGAUCUGUCGGAACCUUCAGCGCCGCAACACAGUCCAUUCCCUCAUGAAGGACGUGUGGAGGCAGCGAGUGUCCAGAUACGUCUCUCACAAGUAUGCCAGGACGGGCCACCUGACUCAGGAGUUCCGGAAAGAGCGGCAGAAGAUGAUGGCCAUGAUGAAGCAGGAUCAGGCGGAGAUAAACAAACCCUCAACGUCUAAAGAGGGUGAAGUGUCACGAGUUUUGGAGUCCAAUUAUCUGGAAGGUGUGGAGGUGGAUCUGGAGAUGCUGACGUCAGAGAAGCGCAACGAUAAAGAGCCAGUAGCCAGUACCAGCAAGGACUCGACUCCCUCGGUGUCUGUGUGGGAUCCUCAACAAAGUGACAGCAAGAAAAACACUUCAGGGAAUGAUUCCAAUAACAAAGGGUUCUUGACUAUGCUGGAGGAAAUCCGCCUGACAUACAGCAAUCAGAAGCGUAACUCCCCUCACGUGACUACCCGCAUGAUGAAGCGAGCGAACAUGAUCAUCGAGGCGGUCAGGUCCAUCAAGGUGAUCGAUGAUGCCUUCAAGCUGCAGAAAAUGAUCGUUCAGGCUGAAUCAGAAGAAGGUUAUGCUGUAAAGAUGGAUAAGAAGAGUCUUAACCGGUUACUGGACAAGCUGUCAAAGGGAGGCUUCCUUAAAAACAUAAUUGUUAAACUUAAGUGUGCUACUUUGGAAAAGUCUGUGAGGUUUGUUGUUCACCCAAGCAUCACUUUUGAGAGCCCACACCUCAAGUCUGCUAUCGAACAACAAAAGCUCAAACUCUUGGCUGUAGGGAGCGAACCUAAGCGGGAGGGUGAAAGGGGAUCUGCUGAGGGUAAGCAAGAAGCUCGCAAGAUCAAGAGUGAGGAUAAAAGUUCAAGAUCGGCCAAAGAUCGGGAAACAGAAGAGGACACUGACGGACCGAUGAACAAGAGCUCCGUUGGGGAGAGUAUGCAGGAGUUAAAGCGUAUGCACCAGAUUUCCUCGUCCAAGAACCCAUCUCCAUCUAGUCAUGUGGUGUCUACUGGUACUGUGGUGAAGAAGGUAGCUGGAGUCAAGGGAAGCUUAGGACCAAAGUUUGUACGCAUGUGUGAGCUGCACAAGUUGCUCUACUACCUGGUGUAUGGCUAUGGGGGCCAGGAGGACAUAGAGCAAGAGGAGGCGUGGACCACCAUCGCUGCGUCUUCCCCCGAGGUACAACUCCAGAAUGAGGAUCUGACCAGCUACCCAACCAUCUAUUUUGCCGAGUUAUCCUGGAAGAUGUUCAUUCCACCUCUACCAAACCACAUGAACACUGAGAAAGGCUGGGCUUUUGUUUGUGAUGUUCUUCUUCGCCUGCCACUCUGCAUUUUUGUCCGUUUAGUCAGCGUCUCAUACACCUCGGGAGAGAUUGAAGAGUACCUCAGUCACCCAUUGAAGAGGAACCUACUGGUGAAGUACCUCCCUCCACACUUGAGGCAGUCACUUCUUCAGGGACGUCGUUAUGUCACUUAUGUCAUCGACCUCAUCAACCGCCUCUGUUAUGUGGGUUUACUGCAGUACGGCCACCAAAUCAUGAAAGAGAAAGACCAGGUGUUCAUUUAUGUUAAUCGAAAAGCUAGUCUGAUCGACACCACCACUUCCUCCCCUGGAUACCACCAGAUCUCUGCUGACAAAGAAUAUGUACGCAAGGAAUAUUAUUUCACUUACCUUCAGGAUGUUCUUCAGUAUUGGUAUGACAUGUGGACCAUCUCCAUGCACACUCCCCUCGGUGGCCAUAAUUGUAUGCAGGGAAAGAAAAUUACCAUCCAGAUCCUUGACCGUAAACCUCAGAUCAUCGAGUCCCUCAAACCACGCAACACUUACGAGGCCCCGGCGAGAGACAUCGGCAGUAUCCCAGGUGACGGGCGAGGUGCUGGGGGUCUGGACUCAGCGAUGUUUGCUCACCUGAAGCGAAACUGGUCAUCUACUUCUGGUCAUGCGGCUGCUGCUCGGCCAUCAGCCCUCCUCCCGCCCAGCACUGAUGGAGGGGAGAGAGCCACAUAUGAGGGGACCAUGUCUUACACUCAGUACCUCAUGAAUACUACAAAUCCUUCCUCAGGCACCUUGUCCCCAAAACAUCGUCUAGCAGGACUCCGUAAUGUUAAGCUGUCGGUCUACAAGCCAAGAAUGGGAACAGAUGGCAAAGCUUUAGAGAUUCCCGUGGCUCUAGUUACCCAACCAUCCCAGGGAAGGAAGCGUAAACGAGGUGGUUCUCAGUCAUCUGACUCCGACACCCCUCCAACCAAACCCACUCGAACGUCAGGACAGAAGCGCAAUCGUCCUACAAGUUACCAGCGGGAGUUGAAAAUGCGCAAGAAAUCCCCCAAGAAGCCUUACUACGACGAAGAAGACCGUGCUGCUCUCAGGAGGAUGAACAAACUGCGUGUGGAUUGGUCAUCAGCAGAGGACUCCUUCUUGCUUCUGUGUAAAGUUGCCUCCUGCUUCCUCUUCCCUAACAUUCGUAGUCAGAUGAUCACCUUUAGUCUGGUGAGGGACCUGUUGCACGAGCGCUUCCCCGAGGCCCGCAACAAGACCUCCCGCGCCUGCCAGAGACGAAUUAACUAUAUCAUGAAGAACCCGACCACAGAAGACAACGUUGCUAUCUUCCUGGAGGAGGUCAGGCAGGAUGCUAAGAUUGUGGCAGAAUUCAAGGGUCCAAGACUUCCACGUAAUAAGAAGAAUAUUGAAAAUGUCUAUGCCAAGAUGUUCCGUCGACUCAUGAUCCGACUCGUAGUCAAGUUUGCCUCGAGUGAGUCUCGGCAGUGUCCGGACCUGCCUGACACGGCCAAGGAGUUUGAGCAGCGUUACUGCAUCAUCAUGGCGUCCUCCUCCCUGCGCAGCAAGCUCAAGGUCAAGGAAGUCACGUCAGUCUCUGAAAUAGACUUCUUUGUGGUCAACGCUCUUAUAUAUAGUUCACUGUGUUCCAAGUAUGACCGUGACUCGUACGCUUACCAGCUGUACCUGGCGUACCAACAGUACCCGCAGGCCCUGCUCAACAAUGUGCUCACCUGCAUGCGUCACGACCAGAUGAUCAGCUUCAAGAAAUGUUACAACCGUUCUCAGUUUGCCCAGACUUGUUUACCGCUCUCCACGUCACCUUUCCAGCUCUCGGUGACGUACCUACACGUCUUUAAUUUUAAAUAUCAGUAUGAAAUAUUUAGUCAGUCAUGGCAGAUGUUGAAGCAGUUGCUGGAAAAGAAACGACAAAUAAUGCUUAAAGAAAAGACUUCCGGCACUGUUCGUAGUGACCCCAAAGGAGGAGAAUAUGUCGAAAAUGUCGGAGAAGAUGGGGUGCCAGUGGUGAUUCUUCACGAAGGCGGUUACUGUGCCACCAUAGUAGCUCUGAUGGCCACUAAACGCCUCAUAUUUGACAUUGUGAUUCCCGAGCAGAUCAUCAUGAUGGACCAGCAUCAGCCCAUCAUGGAGGACCACCAGCAGAGUCUGCUGCGUAGGUUCUCCUCCCACACCCAGAUGUCCGGUAGAGAUAUUAAGGAUAUUGACGGGCCUUUCCUGGACUACGUGAACGCUCCGUCGCCAUCUUCGUCAAACACAUUAAUAGGGGGUGAUGUCACUGCCAAAACCAAAGGAACACAUGUAGUAAAGGAAAGGCUUAAGGAUCUCAAAGAAUCCCAGGCUUUAGUUGAUGGGAAAAGCAAAACAAAAGAACCAGUAAAGAGGAAAGCAAUUGGAAAAGAUCAAGACAAAGUGAAAAAAUCCAAACAGGGUCAAAACACUCCUGAAAAAAUGGAAACGGUAUCCACUCCACCGCCGCAAGAUGUUAGACGGCCGACCAGAUCCUGCCGUAAAUCCACGAGAGACGCCGAGCAGGUAAAGUCUGAGCCGGACUCUGCAGAAAAAGGUUUGCCUGUGAAAAAGACGACUCCAGGAGCAGCAGCAGAAAAGGCUGGCCAGUUGAUGAAGAUGAAACAAGAAGCACUGGAAGAACCAGCAUUGGAGGAAGAUAAUGAGGACACGCAAGACACAGAGGAUAGUUGUCAGCCCGGUGAUGCUUCUUCUACUGAAGAAGACCUAGACGUGUCCUGCCCUCAGGGACGGGGCAGUCAGUCCUCGGCAUCGCGCUUGGGACUUUACAUGAUGCGUGACCAGCUGACUCUGGCUGAGGUGGACCAGAUCAACAUCCAGCACGCACAAGAGCACCUGGUGGUCAACGCCUGCGAGAUAACCUGCCGUCUGAGGCCGCCUCCGGUGAUGCAAGAUGAAUUUGACGCAGCGGCAUCCAAAGACUCGGACGUAACUGAUAAUUUUCUGCUUCCCUUACCCAAGAAGAUCAUCGCAGAAGCUUUAGAACACAGGAAGAAAGUUACAUUGGAGGAUUGGUGUCUGCUGGAAGAUGUGUUGAAGAAGUGGGAGGAGGACGGUGAGAGUCAGGAACUGCUUGACAUGGUGGUGGAAGUCUAUCAGUACAUCAACUCUUGCAAGGACAUUGGUGCUUCUAUUAAUAAUCUGAAGGAGAUAUUUGAGGAUCGGCCUUUUAGCAUCACUGGGGUGGUGGCAAUGAUGGAGAAGACACUACUGGUGCUGCGUGUGGGUGUCGCUGUGGUGCGUUGGGUCACCAUGCCAUACACGAAACCUUGGCUCAUCCAUACGAACAAAAUCACGAGAGUCCACCGUCAGAGUGUACGGCUACAGGGCGUCUACCGCAUGAACCUGAAGAAUGGAGACAAGGGCACAAACAGUCAAGACAAAGAAAACGCCACAGAAGUUAGUGAAGACGAUGGCCAUACUGUGGAGCAGGAAGGUGGCACAGCUGACAGGGAAACAACCAGCCCUCACCUCCAUCCUGACCAGUCAAAUCCUGAGCAGACGUCCUCCACCCUGCCUGCCGAUGAAGCGUCGUCGGAUCUCCCUGAAGUCAAUGUUGCAGAAACCCAUGACUUAGCUGAACAAGCUGUGAAAGGUGAAGCCAGUUCUUUACCCACAGUCACUAGCACCUCCCUGGAUGACAACGCUGACACAACCAUCUCAUCCGAUGGUGUCCACAAAACUGCUGCCAUGGAUGAGUCUGUCAUGAAAACCGAUCAUCCCACCCCAAGCAUCAGUACUUCAGACACUACUAAUAAAACUGUAGAUGACCCUCUUGAAGCCUCUAGCUCUUCGCAGUUAAUGGACGGUAAUGAUAUUUUUCUCCCGGCCUCGAGACGUUCGCGCAGGAUUUCCUUAAAGAGCUAUAAGACCAAAGAGGGAGGAGGAGGAGGACAGAUAGACGAGGGGAACUCUAUACGCCACAUUCACUCCUUCAUGGCCAUGCGUAAGAGGAAGUACAGGCGUGACGAAGAGGUGUCCAAGAAGAUGGAGAAGACUAUCAAACACCAUCAGAAUGUUACGGACUAUGAGGAGAUCAGUGUGGCAGUACGACCGUGGGUUCGUCUCAAUGGCACUCUUAACAGGCGUGUUCUGGAUCGCCUUUUGGGUGCUGUCCUCAGCCUCAUCAUGGAACGGCCGGGGAUUAGUGGAAGAGACAUUGUGUGUCGUUUUUCUCCAGCCCUGCAGCCUGCACAUACUCAUGACUUAUUAGAGACCCUGGUUCAUCUCCAUUGCAUCGUGCGGGAACAUCUAAUUCCCUCGCAUAAACCUUCUCUAUUCUCAGACACUGUGGAUUAUAUUCUAGUUCAAGCUGAGAUUCACGACUGCGAUGACGAGCUGCUUUACGAACCAACCGUAGAUGCCAUUCUCAAGUUAGCCAUGUUCAUUGGAGAUAAGAAAUAUACCCAGGACUUCUUGUCGGGAGAUAGAUGAUAAAAUACUGUGUUGUGUGGUAUGAUAUUGUUAAUUCAGUAUUACCUAAUUGCUGUCUAGUAUAUGGAAGGUGUACAGUGUGUGUUGAGUUGUUUUGUGUUGUGUUACUGGAAGAAAUGCAGAUAUUUUUAUUAAUUACUCACAGUGGAGUACCGGUACAUUUUGCAAAAAGAGAUACAGUACUGUAACUUUAGUUUUUGUAAUGGGUUUGAUUAGAAAUGCAAAGGUGUUCAUCCAGAAACGAUUUUGGAAUACCAGUACAAAGGCAGAUUUAAGUUUAAUGUACAGGUUAGGAUAGAUUAAUGCACAGGUGUUAUAAUUUCUCCAUAAUGUUACAUUUUGAAACAUUCAUUUCAGCUGUUGAUGUAAUUUACUCAUGAAUCUUCUCUAAAAGAAAGACAAUUCUUUAGUUUUCUUUCAUAAGGAAUUGUGGAUUUGUUUAUUUUGGAUACAGUAAUUAUUAAUUCAGAUGCUGUACAUGAUAAUCACAUUAAUGAAACCCGUGGACAGUAUUCAGCCACUGUAUCUUCACAUUUGACUGAUUUAUUGUUAUAAAUUUAUUUUUGCUGUAAUAUCCUUUUCAGUUUGAAAGUUUGCUUCCAGUCCAAAUGGCUUCUGGUGAAUGCUUAAUAAUUUUUAUGUUAGUGUUUCUUGGAAGCUCACUCGUCAUGUUUACUCUUUCUUGCAUCAAUUAAAGUCUAAAGGUUAUUACUGUAUUACACCAGAACCUCAGCAUACGUGAAUUAAACUUUUGCGAGUUGUACUUUCCGUGAAUAAGCCUCAGAGGUUUAAAUCUAUUAAAGUAACAUAAAAAGGUGUGGUGGUUAUUUUAAAAACUGCGGGUGUUUGUCAUGAUGUGACGUCACGGUGUCCUGCUGCUUCCCACGUUGCUGUGUUCUCCUUCCAGUCUUAUCUGAGUUGUCUCUGCUGUAGCCAGACUGCAUGAAUUCUUACUCCUCUUUCCUCCUGAGCAAUUAUAACUUUAAUUAUUACUUUGUUAUGGGCUGGCAGAUGCAUCUCUAAGGCUGUAAUUUGGGUCUGGAUCGCUCUACCCAAUGUUUAUUAAAAUGGAAAAAACAGUUCCUGUUACCUACACAACCUGCUUCAAAAGACUGUGAAGAGGGGAGAUUUUAGACUAUGGCCAAUAGUAUCAGAGGGUUAACUGGUGGUAGUGUGUCUGGUGCAAAGAGAGUGAAGUAAGUGAUGACUAUAAAGAACUAAAAAAGAAAGCCAGACAAUUGCCAGUCACAAGCUUUUAACACCAAGAUCCAGCCCCUCCCUCCACUCCCGUCCCUCUCCUCGUCAACCAGCCCGGGCAUCAUCUAAAUUACCUCUCCCACGCUUAUGACCUGCCUCUCCCUUCAUUCCACUGAUAUGGUAUACUCACCUGCCAGUCCUUCAUCAGACAUUCUGGAUGAUCCCGGUCCAGAGGUCUUAAAGGAGGAGCAGUAAUAUCUUCAGUAUCAUUACUGAAGCUUCUACAGCAUCUCAUUAUGAGUGUUGCGUGUGAGGCGUGCAUUCGUGUGUGUGUUGAUGGCACAAUGGUAGUGAUAUGAACCAUGUGGGGCAACGAGUCUCCAUUACUGUGAUCCAGUUGACUUCCCUAACAUCAUACCUGUGCCACAUUCACUUCCUUUCUCAUUAUUUCCUUUUUAUUAACACAAUACAUUUGUAUAAAGGAACUGUACAUACCUCUAUAAUAUUUUGAGGGUUUAAGUAAAUUUUUUUUCAUCAA